AGAAAAGAAAAGACAUGUUUCUGCUUCUGAAGCCUCUCCUUUCUCUACAAGAUUUAUCUCUUAACCUUAUCUCGGUAAUGUUCCAUGGAGAAAUUCUUAAAGCAUCCGUGGAUAGUGUGGGGAUAAGCAUGGACACUAUGUGGAGAGAAACAAGGAGUGUACUCAUAGUUCCAGUGUUCAAGUGUGUGGUGGCUAUGUGUUUGGUCAUAUCAUUAUUGAUUUUCAUGGAGAGUGUUUACAUGAACCUUGUAGUACUCUACGUCAAGUUGUUUAACCGAAAACCUGAGAAGGUCUAUAAAUGGGAGGCAAUGCAGGAAGAUAUGGAGCUUGGUCAUCAAAACUAUCCGAUGGUCCUUGUCCAAAUCCCAAUGUACAACGAACGAGAGGUCUUUGAAUUAUCUAUAGGUGCUGCGUGCAGACUAACAUGGCCAUCGGACCGCCUAAUUGUUCAAGUUUUAGAUGAUUCUACCGAUCCAGCCAUCAUGGAACUGGUGAGCAUGGAAUGUGCAAAAUGGGCAUCAAAAGGCAUAAACAUAAAGUAUGAGAGGCGAGACAACAGAAAUGGCUACAAGGCUGGAGCUCUUAAGCAUGGCAUGAGACACAGCUACGUCAAGCAGUGCAACUAUUUGGCCAUCUUUGAUGCUGAUUUCCAGCCCGAGCCUGACUACCUCCAACGCGCUAUCCCCUUUCUUAUCCACAACCCUGAGGUCGCUCUAGUUCAAGCUCGAUGGAGAUUUGUGAACGCGAACACAUGCUUAAUGACGAGGAUCCAAGAGAUGUCUCUCAACUACCAUUUCAUGGCAGAGCAACAAUCUGGAUCCACAAGACAUGCUUUCUUUGGCUUUAAUGGAACUGCGGGAGUGUGGAGAAUGGCGGCGAUGGAAGAAGCUGGAGGAUGGAAGGACCGGACGACGGUGGAGGACAUGGACUUGGCCGUGAAAAGCGAGCUACCAAGCCAAUUUAAGGCCUUUAGAUUCCAGCAACAUCGGUGGUCUUGCGGUCCAGCCAAUCUCUUCCGGAAAAUGAUGAUGGAAAUUAUUCACAAUAAGAGAGUGAAGAUUUGGAAGAAGUUUUACGUGAUCUACAGCUUCUUUUUCCUACGGAAGAUCUUAGUCCACUUCUUCAGUUUCUUCUUCUAUUGUGUCGUCCUUCCUACAAGUGUCUUCCUUCCCGAAGUCAAAAUUCCGAACUGGUCGACUAUAUACGGUCCUUCUAUCAUCACCCUCUUCAGUGCCAUCGCCACUCCAAGAUCAUUCUACCUCGUGGGUUUUUGGGUCUUAUUCGAAAAUGUAAUGGCUAUGCAUCGGACCAAAGGAACUUUGAUUGGCUUAUUUGAAGGAGGAAGAGUCAAUGAAUGGGUUGUCACAGAGAAAUUAGGAGAUACUCUUAACACUAAGCUACUUCGCCGGAAUGGACGACUUUUGAAAAGAGUAAAUUUGAAGGAGAUGAUGAUGGGUAUAUACAUAUUAUGUUGUGCUUGCUACGACUUUGCCUUUGGAAACGCAUUUUUAUAUUUAUAUCUCUUCAUGCAAGCCACUGCUUUUCUCAUCUCCGGAAUUGGCUUUGUUGGAACUUAACACGACUCAUAUGAAAAUCUUCUACUUGUAAUCAAGUAUAUAUGUGCAAGAACCAUUAUCAUGUUGAUAAAAUUGUGAUUCCAUUUGUUUAGCAUGAUGUAAUUUGAUAUGUAUAAUUACGUGCUUUUGUCCAAAUACAUUAUUUCUUCUUGUUGCUCGCCUUCUGGUUGCUCACUGCUUAUCGUUUUAAGUGCCUCAUUCAAACGGUCAAUCAAUAAAGCUUUUUUGCCUGU